UGAAAAUUUUGCGCCAAUUGUGAAGUGCGAACUCUCUGAUUUUGUGUAAACAUUAAAGAACUUAAAAUAUUAUAAACUUUUUCUAUGGAAAGUUUGGGAAAAUUUUUAUUUUAUAUUAAAUAAAUAUAUAUAAAUGUUAUUAAAAAAAGCUCUUCAAUUCCUUGUUUUUUAUUUCUUUCAAGUACAAGUAUAUUGAAGGAGAAUUCCUUGAAAAAUGAGAAAAAAAUUUUAAGGUAUACAUAUAGACGAAUUAUUUAAAAAGGUUCAAUAAAUUAAAAUCGUGUUUAAGAAAUCUUUUAAUGCAUUGUGCAUGUAUUUAUAUUGUUUAGAAAUAACUUUAUUUACUACUGUAUCCUACUAAGUUUUUGAUUUAUGCAAAAAGGAUGCUAUUUGCACUGUAGAUGAUCUAAGUAUGAAGUGAGACAGCUAACAUUGUUAACAUAAUUCAUUGAAGAUGCAAUUUGACGAGCUGCAAGUCGGCAAGCUGUUAAAGUGCUCCAGCUGUCAAUACGUGUACUACUGCGACCGUAAUUGCCAGAAAGAGUCCUGGCCGAUACACAAGGCGGAAUGUGCACAUUUGAGAAGAGUACUGCCAAAGAUUGUGCCGGAUGCAGCACGACUGAUGGCACGUAUAAUCCUCAGGCUGCAUCGGGGUGGAGCUGACGAAGUAGGCUACUAUACCGAAACGAAUUCUAGAAAAUUCAAGGAUUUAAUGUCUCAUUAUUCAGACAUAAAGAACGAUGCAAAACGACUAGAGCAUUUCACUAUGCUGUACGGAGUUUUAUUAGAGUUCCUCAGUGACACGCUAAUGCCCAACGUUGCGGAGCUAAUGGGCAUUUAUGGCAGAAUAUGCACCAACUCUUUCAAUAUAUUAGAUGUCAAUAUGAACACUAUUGGAGUAGGCAUUUAUCUGGGAGCGUCCGUGAUAGAUCACAGUUGUAAACCCAAUGCCGUCGCUGUCUUCGAGGGGACUACCAUCAUGAUCAGGACGUUGACAGAUCUACCUUCUUUGGAUUGGUCACAGAUUAGAAUAUCGUACGUUGAUUUGCUCAGCUCGAACGAAGACAGACGCGAGGAACUGCACGGUUCGUACUAUUUCUGGUGCGAUUGCGAAAGAUGCAAGCAAGCAGAACCGAUGGCUCAGGCGAGCUCGUGCCCGAGCGUAUCGUGCGAUUCUCCGUGUUCGAUCGAAGACGACGACUGCAAGCAAUGCGGCGCGAAAUUAUCUCAGGCAUUUAAAGAGACGUUUCGGGAAGUCACUGACUUCACUGCUCACCAGUUGGAAAAGAUGAAGACUGUGGCUUAUCUUGAUGUCAGUAAGAUAUGCCUGAAGAAACAAAAGGGUGUAUUGCACAGAUUUAAUGUACAACACGUUCGUACCCUGGAAAUGGCUCAUAUCGCGGCAAUGAAUUUAGGACGCUGGGAGGACGCAGAAUUAUACGGCAAGGAACUCGCGCCGGGAUAUCAAUUAUAUUAUGGGGAAGUACAUCCUUUAACAGGGCUGUUGUAUCUCACGACAGGGAAGAUACAAUUGCACUUGGGAAAGUCGAAGCAGGCGUUCGAAGUAUUAAAAAAGGCCAACAUGGUAUUGAUGAUAACCCAUGGUGAUAAGCACUCCUUGGUGAGGGAAGAGUUGAAACCUCUGCUCUAUCAAGCCACUAUGGAGUCGAACAGUGAUAUUCAUAACGGCGUGUAGCGAUCUUAGAUAUUUUGUAUUUUCUAGUAAUAAAUUUUUCUUUGUAUAAGCUGACACCGUCUCCCGUUAAAUACGAGAUAAAUAAAUAUAUGUCAUUUUAUUUUA